ACGCAAAUAAGAUAAAUUUAAUUGAUUUUUUCAUAAGAAAACUGAUGAAAUGACUGCCUUUAUCCAUGGCGGCGAUACAAUCAAACGACCCGAGAUAACUUCCUAUCAUUUCAUACACAAGAAAUAAAAAAAGAACAACCCCGUCACUUCCAUCAAGUAGAACAAAAACAAGACCACCACCACCACCACCACUUCUUCCACCCUCUCGAUCAACCCAAAAUCCACCAUGGGAUCAACAGCGGCCGCUGACCUUUGCUCUGUCUUAUCAGAAACACAACGUAUAACAAACGCCCACUCCCGCCAUUUCUUGGCUCUCUCUGUUCUCUUUAUCCUCCCUCUUUCUUUCCUUCUUUCUGUCUACCCCAUCAUCCAAAACAUCAUCUCUCAAUCCUCCACUCUCCGCUCCAAAAUCCUCCUUUCUCACGCUACUUUUUAUCAAGAUGACCUCUCAAAUCUUUUCACUACAAAUACCAUUAUCCUCUCCCUUCUCCUUGUACUCCUUUCCGUCACCUUCUCUCUUUUCGCUACUGGCUCCAUCACCUACAGUGUUAUUCAUGGAUUCUACGGUAGACCUGUAAAGCUUUGCUCUUCAAUCAAAUCUUCUCUCACUUCUUUCCUUCCCCUUUUGAUAACUAACUCUUUUGCUGAAAUUAUCUUUUUGGGGGUCGUCCUCCUUUUUGCGUUGUUCUUUUUUUUGGUUAUGAAUGGAAUUCAGCUUCUUGGAUUUGAAGUUAAUGUCUCUUCACCUUCUUUUCAAGUCUUUUGCCUGAUUCUUGGGGUAUUUCUGGUCUUAGUUUUGUUUUAUCUGCAGUUGAAUUGGGUUUUAGCUCAGGUGAUAGUGGUUGCGGAAUCAAUUUGGGGUCUUGAGCCAUUGAAGAGGAGCAACUUCCUAAUAAAAGGAAUGAAAGGAGUGGCUUUGUCUUUGUUUUUAUGUUUGGCCUUUUUCCCUGGCUUGUUUGUUAUUGCCAUUUCAUUUCCAUGGGGAGACUUGGAUAAUGGCAAUAUCGAUAGUGCAUGGAAGAUUUGGGUCGAUAGUGCAUGGAAGAUUUGGCCUUUUGUUGUUCGAAUUUUGGUGCCUUCAGCUCUCCAAACGAUGUUAUUUCUUUACAAUAUCGCGGCGUUUACUGUUCUUUACAUGGAUUGCACGGCUGUACACAGAGAGCUUGUCUGGGAGAUUGCUGAGGAGUUUGCCGGUGACUAUGUCAGCUUGCCUUUUGAUGAUGGAAAGAUCCCUCAUUUCGUUUCUGUUACCUAUAGUUGACAAGAAUGCUGGUUUUGGUGUGCUGCAGACUGAAGUUGAUGUUCAAACUGAGUCUUUAGAUGUCUUGCUAUCAUUUGCCAAUUCUUGAUGCAUCUGAAUUGGAAAAGGUGGUGCGUGUACAAUUAGUUACUGAUGAAGUCCCCUGCCUUUUUAUUGGAAAAUUUGCCCUGCUUCUGUCCAGAGCCUAGUAUUUUUGUCUAAAUUUCCAUACAAAGUCAAAGCUUGCCGAGAUUUCAACAGAGUUACUCCUCCUAGAUUAUGGAAAUGUCUGGUAACAAGA